UCGCGAGAGUUCUUCAUCACUCCCUUGUGCUUUCUCCGAGAUCACGUGAGAUUUCCUCUUCCCGCCUCCCGAGAUCUCGCGAGACUCGCGUGCCGCGGCCGGCGGGGAAGACAAGAUGGCGGCCACGACCACCAUCGCCCUGGGCACGGAGUCCAUCAAGAUGGAAAAUGGACAAAGCACGGCAGCCAAGCUGGGACUUCCCCCUCUCACGCCGGAGCAGCAGGAGGCUCUGCAGAAGGCGAAGAAGUACGCGAUGGAGCAGAGCAUCAAGAGCGUGCUGGUGAAGCAAACCAUCGCCCACCAGCAGCAGCAGCUCACCAACCUGCAGAUGGCAGCAGUGACAAUGGGCUUUGGAGAUCCUCUCUCACCUUUACAAUCGAUGGCGGCGCAGAGGCAGCGUGCCCUGGCCAUCAUGUGCCGUGUCUACGUGGGCUCCAUCUACUACGAGCUGGGCGAAGACACCAUUCGCCAGGCCUUUGCCCCCUUCGGACCCAUCAAAAGCAUUGACAUGUCCUGGGACUCCGUCACAAUGAAGCACAAGGGCUUUGCCUUUGUGGAAUACGAGGUCCCCGAGGCCGCGCAGCUGGCGCUGGAGCAGAUGAAUUCCGUCAUGCUGGGGGGCAGGAACAUCAAGGUUGGGAGGCCCAGCAACAUCGGGCAGGCGCAGCCCAUCAUAGACCAGCUGGCGGAAGAGGCUCGGGCCUUCAACCGCAUCUACGUGGCCUCCGUGCACCAGGACCUGUCAGACGACGACAUCAAGAGCGUGUUCGAGGCCUUCGGGAAGAUCAAAUCCUGCACGCUUGCCAGGGAUCCCACGACAGGGAAGCACAAGGGCUACGGCUUCAUUGAGUACGAGAAAGCGCAGUCUUCCCAGGACGCUGUUUCCUCCAUGAACCUCUUUGACCUCGGGGGACAGUACCUCCGUGUUGGAAAAGCGGUGACGCCGCCGAUGCCUCUCCUGACGCCGGCGACGCCGGGUGGAUUGCCUCCAGCGGCGGCUGUUGCUGCAGCAGCAGCCACGGCCAAGAUCACGGCACAGGAAGCGGUGGCCGGAGCCGCGGUCCUCGGCACCUUGGCGACCCCCGGGCUGGUGUCCCCGGCGCUGACGCUGGCGCAGCCCCUGGGCGCGUUGCCGCAGGCCGUGAUGGCCGCGCAGGCGCCGGGCGUCAUCACAGGCGUGACGCCGGCCCGGCCGCCCAUCCCGGUGACCAUCCCCCAGGUGGGAGUGGUGAACCCCAUCCUGGCCAGUCCGCCGGCGCUGGGCCUGGUGGAGGUCAAGAAGGAGAAGGAGGAGGAGGAGGUGUUCCAGGAGUCGGAGCGGCCGGAGAUGCUGAGCGAGCAGGAGCACAUGAGCAUCUCCGGCAGCAGCGCCCGGCACAUGGUGAUGCAGAAGCUGCUCCGGAAGCAGGAGUCCACCGUGAUGGUGCUCCGCAACAUGGUGGAUCCGAAGGACAUCGACGAUGACCUGGAAGGGGAGGUGACGGAAGAGUGCGGCAAGUUCGGGGCUGUGAACAGGGUCAUCAUCUACCAGGAGAAGCAGGGGGAGGAGGAGGACGCCGAGAUCAUCGUCAAGAUCUUCGUGGAGUUCUCCAUGGCGUCAGAGACUCACAAGGCCAUCCAGGCGCUGAACGGGCGCUGGUUCGCCGGCCGGAAGGUGGUGGCCGAGGUCUACGACCAGGAGAGGUUUGACAACAGCGACCUCUCGGCAUGAACUCUACUCCAGAGACUCGGCCGCUGCCCGCCCGGCCUCUCCGGGGAUUUUUUUAGCCGCGUGGUGACGAGCGCUCCGGGGCGGGCAGGGCUCUCGGGAUGUUCCUGUAGUUGGGAUAAAGGCACAAAGAAAGUUCCUGUGGAUGUGUGUG